AUGGAUCUUGACUGGUGCCUGAUUUGUGAACAAAAGACCCAGGGUACCCUUUACUGCAGCGAAGAGUGUAGGUUUAAAGACUACCUUUCGGCGUACUCUUCACUUACGCCUCCAGCGUCGCCCACUUCUUCUUCUGGUUCUUCGACGCCAACUGAUAGCAGUAAUGCUUCCAUCGUUACAAAUAAGAGUUUCGUGUAUCCUUUCUACCGAAAGCCAUCUCCAUAUUAUCAACGGCCUCCAAUGAUCAUUAACAUAGAUAAUCUUAGAGAUAAUACAGCUAUAUGUGUUUUACCUCCUCCUCCUGCAAUAAAAAAGUCACAUUCUGCAUUAAAUUCCACGAUUGACAUGGCUUCUAAUACUCACGUUUAA